UUUCAGUACCAAAAGCGGUAACCCCGAGCUACACUCGGGCUUACCAUGCGGCGCUGCAUAGGAAGUCCCUGCAGCACUUACCUUGUCCUUCGCUCCCGCGAUGUCCCCCCUGCAGUAUCCCUGGCCACCUCCUCCGCCUCCUGUGUUCCGGUCCCUGUGACGUCGGGACGUACGGGCGCCGCCGGCGGCGGCGGGAAAUUUGAAAAUUUAAAAAAAAUGUCAUUUUUUUCAAAACGAUUUUACAUAUGCUUUGUCCUGUCCCCUGCCUGCAUUUUGAUUGUUCUUUCU